CAGUGUCAAGUGUGUUGUGUGGCCAAAUUAAAAUGUGAACCCUCCCAUAAAAAUUCAUGUGAAAAAUUUCAUUUCAAAUCUAUACUAAAAAAUUUUCGUGAAAUUUUGCAUCUUUAGCAUGGCUCAGGCAUUUGUAACCACCUAUAGAAAUCAUUUCAGAAAUCAUAAGGAACCAUUAAGAAAAUCAAAAAGACCUUUAGACAGACAUGCCGCAACAGCACCAGCAGGUGACUACUGGUUGGAUACUGCAGUCAAGAAGAAGAAAGAUUUGAAUAUACCCCUGGCUGAAGCUUUGAUCAACGAAUCAUCAGGAAGACUUAUGUUCAGCACUUAUCAAAUGAACUAUUGUACCGAUAAGGUGAAAGAAAAAUGUAGAGAGAAGCGAGAGCUAGUACAGAGGGCUGCAGGUGAUAAGAGUACACAAAUAGAAGAACAGUCUUUCGAGAAUGAGUUGUUGCGAUAUUGCAGAGAACUAUACAGCACUAAAACCAAGAAGAUUUUACCGCCAACAGAAACUGCCAGAAGAGUUUAUGGUUACAUAAGGCCAGAAUCUAUGUACACCCCUUUGACUCACUAUCAGAUGGUGUAUGGUAAAGCUGGCUUCGAUAUUAUGAGCAAUCCAAUGCAGUUCUUGAACAUCCAGAAGGAAAAGGAAGAAAAUAACAAUUUUCCCCUAUGCUCACCGGAGAACGUUCUUCAAAGAACUUCGUUUCACCGUUGUGAAGAUUUGAAAAAUAACAGAAUCAGAAAGGAGAAAGUGGAGAGGCAGAAAAAACUACAAACUAUCAUGGAAAAUCUGGAUAGAUGCACGAAUCAUGUGAAGAACGAUGAUGCUUUUAUUUGUCCUUGCCAGUUUAUAUAUUAAGAACGCUUUAAAAUAAAAAUCUUUUCAUAUAAU